AUGGCUAUGCCUUCGGUCAUAAAGGAUGAGCAGGGACGCCCUUUUAUCGUCGUGCGAGACCAGGGAAAGAAGAAGAGACAACACGGUGUUGAGGCGGUCAAAUCACAUAUCGUUGCGGCAAAGACUGUUGCCAACAUCGUCAAAACAUCGUUGGGUCCACGAGGUCUAGAUAAAAUUCUCAUUUCACCAGACGGUGAUAUCACAGUCACGAACGAUGGAGCUACAAUUUUAGGACAGAUGGAAAUCUCAAACAACGUUGCCAAACUUCUUGUCGAACUAUCGAAAUCACAAGACGAUGAGAUCGGAGAUGGAACAACUGGUGUUGUGGUUUUGGCUGCUGCGCUUUUGGAACAAGCAUCUGAAUUGAUUGACAAGGGAAUUCAUCCAAUUCGGAUUGCCGAUGGCUACGAUGAAGCUUGCGAAAUUGCUAUCGCAGAACUCGACAAGAUCAGUGAUGAGAUUGCUUUCUCUACAGAUAACACAGAUAAUCUCAUGAAGGUUGCCAAGACAAGUCUUGGAAGCAAGAUUGUUUCAAAGUCUCACGAGCAAUUCGCCAAAAUCGCCGUCGAUGCCGUCCUUUCAGUCGCCGAUCUCGAGCGCAAAGAUGUGGAUUUCGAGCUCAUCAAGGUUGAUGGUAAAGUCGGUGGUUCACUUGAAGACUCCUUACUCGUCAAGGGUGUCAUCGUCGACAAGGACUUUUCACACCCCCAGAUGCCGUCAGAGGUUCGCGACGCCAAGUUGGCCAUUCUCACCUGUCCGUUCGAACCUCCCAAACCCAAGACGAAACACCAUCUUGAUAUCACAUCGACUCAGCGCCAAUAUUGUGAUUUGCCAUGGGGUUUCGACGAUGAAGCCAAUCAUUUGCUUUUACAGAACAAACUACCUGCUGUUCGAUGGGUUGGAGGUCCCGAGAUUGAGUUGAUUGCUAUUGCGACCAAUGGACGUAUUGUUCCUCGAUUCGAAGAUCUUAGUGAAGAGAAACUCGGAACCGCUGGUUUGGUUAGGGAAUUGACGUUCGGUACGACGCGAGAGAAGAUGCUUGUCAUUGAAGAAUGUGCAAACAGCCGGGCUGUGACGGUGUUUGUACGGGGCAGUAACAAGAUGAUUAUUGAUGAGGCCAAACGAUCACUACAUGAUGCCCUCUGCGUUGUGCGCAACUUGGUUAGAGACAACCGUGUCGUGUAUGGUGGUGGUGCUGCCGAGAUUGCAUGCUCAAUUGCAGUUGAAGACGCUGCCGUCAAGAGCCCUGGUAUCGAGCAAUACGCCAUGCGAGCAUUUGCGGAUGCUCUUGACGCCGUCCCAUUGACCUUAGCCGAAAACUCUGGUUUGAACCCUAUCGAGACUCUUGCUUCUAUCAAAUCACGACAAGUCAAGGAGAAGAACAGCCGACUGGGUGUUGACUGCAUGUUCACUGGCAACAAUGAUAUGAGAGAACACUUUGUUAUUGACCCUCUUAUCGGAAAACGCCAACAACUCCUCCUCGCCACACAAUUAUGCCGAAUGGUCUUGAAGAUCAAUAAUGUCAUCAUCUCCGGCGACGACCAGAACGAGUUUUAA